CCGCGCAGUAACUUAGUGCUACUGACGGGCACACGUAUUCGUGCACAUUCGUAUAUUACUUCUUAGUAGUCACGUUUUGAAUAGACCGCGAUCGUUACUAUGUUGUACAAAACUACGUAGUAGUGCUAGCACUUCGCCAUGAGGGAGUCCUAUGACUAGUAGUAAUGAUGGCUGAAAAAACCAUGUCCCUCAAGCUCACAGAAGCUCAAAGGAAACGUAUAGCUGCAAAUAGAGAGAAAGCAAUAGAGCUUAAAAGAGCAAAGCUUGCCGCACAAACAUCACCCAAGAAGCAAGUUCAGUCCGUUACACAGCGAUCCGUUGACACUGGCGGUGGAUUUCUGCUUGAUGAGGAACCAUUAACAACACUGACCGCACCGGUCCUGGAAGAAUUCCCCUCCACACAUUCUGUCUGCACAGAAUGCUGCAAAGAAUUUUUACAGUCAUUUUUGCUGCAGCAUUUUGAUACAUUUAUUUGUGAUGGUUGCAGGGACAAAGAAGAUAAGCAUAAACUCAUCACACGAACAGAUGCAAAGAGCACAUAUCUUUUGAAAGACUGUGACAUCGACAAGCGGGAACCACCUCUCAAGUUUAUUAUGAAACAGAAUCCACACUAUUCACAUGGUAGCAUGAAACUUUACCUCAAGUGCCAGGUUGAAGAGAGAGCAGUAAUGGUUUGGGGAUCGUUAGAUGCUUUGGAGGAGCAGUUAGAUAAAAAGGAAGACGACAGAGCAAAGCGAAAACAGAAGGCCUUCAACAAGAGGGUUAAAGAGUUACGAAUGACUGUCCGAAGCAGCCUGUUCAGACCUGCGGGGCAGAACCACGUGCACAGUUUUGGCGAGGAGUUUUACGACCAAGAAGGGGAUGUGUACUAUAAGAUGUGCAGUACAUGUGGUCAUAAGAUGACUUACGAGAAAAUGUGAGAUGUUUGCAUCUCACUUUUCAUUUCCUGCAAAUUUUAUAAUGAUUUGUGUACAGAGAUGUUGAAGAAGAGCUUGCUUAUUUGUAAGAAAAUCAAUGGAUCGAUGCAAUUAAAUUAUUACCACAUUACUAUA